UAUAGUAUUGAGAGCGCGCGGCGAGUAUAUAGCUAGUAUCUAGCAAGCUGCAUGCUGAGAGCAUUCCGUCACUUGCACACCUGCUAGCUAGCUAGCUCUAUCUACUACUAGCAACGUACGCAAGGAGCACCACCGUACCACUCACUCACUCACUCACUCACUCACCGAUCCAUCCAAGACAUACAACAUCACACACUCUUCGUGCCUGCUUGGAGCCGUGACACUAGCAGAUCUCUCUGUCUGAAGCUGAGUAGCUUGGUCGUGGCUGGUGACCCAAGAAGAAGAUAUCGUAUAUAUAGAAGAGACCGGCUGAAGAAGAAGAAGAAGAAGAAGAAGAAGAAGAAGAAGCUAAGAGACCCAGGAAGGAAGAUGCUGGCCUGCAUCGCGUGCGUGAAAGAAGAAGGCGGCGGCCGGGACCGCGACCGCGAUGACGCUGCGCGGUCCGGCGCCGGCGACACCCCGACCGUCAAGUCGCUCACCUCCCAGCUCAAGGACAUGGUGCUGAAGCUGUCCGGCACGCACCGGCAGCAGGGCGCGCAGCAGAGGCGCGGGGGAUCGCCGCCGGCGAGGGGCCGGGCCACCUCCAUCUACCGCAGCGGCUACUACCGGCCGGGCGUGGUGCAGGACGACAUGGCGGUGCCCCCGGCCACUUACCUGGGCGCGUCGAGCGCGAGCGCGAGCUCCACCCCGGCGUGGGACUUGGCAGGCCGCGCGGAGGGCGAGGCCAUGGCCAGGGAGUGGGUGGCGCAGGUGGAGCCGGGCGUGCAGAUCACCUUCGUGUCCCUCCCGGGCGGCGCCGGCAACGACCUCAAGCGCAUCCGGUUCAGCCGCGAGAUGUACGACAAGUGGCAGGCGCAGAAGUGGUGGGGCGACAACAACGAGCGGAUCAUGGAGCUCUACAACGUGCGGCGCUUCAGCCGGCAGGUCCUCCCCACGCCGCCGCGCUCCGACGACGGCGAGAGGGAAUCCUUCUACUCGCAGUCCCAGGUGGGCUCCAUGGCAGGGAGCCCUGCCGCCACCCCGUCGCCGGCGCCGCUCACCCCGGACAGGAUCAGCUGGGGCGCGUUCGCGCGGCCGCCGGGCGCCGCGCGGCAGCAGCAGCAGCAGCACAGCUUCCGCCCGCUCUCGCCGCCGCCGCCUUCCUCGUCCAACCCAUCGGAGCGGGCCUGGCAGCAGCAGCAGCGGCAGAACCACGGAGCAUCAGCCGGCAAGAGCCCCGCGGCCUCAGAGGCCACCGCCACCGCCACCGAGGCGGCGAGGACGACCACCUCGUCGAGGGACGACGUCUCCAUCAGCAACGCCAGCGAGCUGGAGGUGACGGAGUGGAUCAUCCAGGACGAGCCCGGCGUGUACAUCACCGUCAGGGAGCUCGCCGACGGCAGCAGGGAGCUACGCCGUGUCAGGUUCAGCCGCGAGAGGUUUGCAGAGCUGAAUGCCAAGCUGUGGUGGGAGGAGAACAAGGAGAGGAUACAGGCUCAGUACCUUUGAAACAGCACAACUUGGUGAUCUGCUGCCACUAGGGACACACAAUUAAUCUGGUAUAAGUAUAUACUACUAGAGUUUGUGUUUGAGUUUGGAGAUGGGGGAGAGAUAGGGGCCGGGGUGAUUAAUUUGGAGCUGGGAGAGAUAGGAGGGGAUCAGGAAACAAGGAAAUGUUCAUGCAUGUUUAGGGCACCUGGCAGCCCAGGUAACUUGUGAUUGGUGUACCGUGCUAAAGUUUUACCAAUCAGUCACUAUGCCCAAUUCUCGUUUUCA